AACCCAACAAGCAUCUGUGAUUUCGGAUUUAUGUCGGUCACAGUCUCGCAGACUUCCGCACGCGCUAGUCUCGGACAGCUCUUGCUCGCCUCGCACACACGUCACACAGUCUAUUGUGAGCCGCGGCGCGCGUGCAGGACUGAUCGCGGGAGCGCGAGAGCACAGAAGACACGGACCACGGUCGCGUUAUUUAGAAUCUCACGAGCAAAACAUUCGAACUGGAUUAGUGUGUGUAAAGCAGAAUUUGCCUCGCUGUCAGCAUGUGUUCCGCGUGUUGUGUGUCUCAGCUGGCCUGCUGCUGUGGAUCGGCUGCCUGCUCCCUGUGCUGCGGCUGCUGUCCCAAGAUCAAACAGUCCACCUCGACACGCUUCAUGUACGCCCUCUUCUUCAUGCUGGUCACGGUGACCUGUGUCAUCAUGAUGUCCCCCACUGUGGAGACGGCAAUGCGAGAAAAUAUUCCUUUCUACAAAGAAAUGUGUCAUCAGCUCAAUGCGGGGGAGAACUGCAGUACCCUAGUGGGCUAUUCGGCUGUGUAUAAAGUCUGUUUCGGCAUGGCCUGCUUCUUCUUCUUCUUCUCAGUGUUCACCAUUUGUGUGCGAACCAGCACAGGAUGCCGGGCAGCUGUUCACAACGGGUUCUGGUUCUUUAAGUUUCUGGCUUUGCUGGGCUGCUGUGCAGGCGGAUUCUUUCUCCCAAAUCAAGACACGUUUCUAGAAGUCUGGCGUUAUGUGGGGGCCGCUGGAGGUUUUCUCUUCCUCAUCAUCCAGUUGAUGCUUCUCGUCCAGUUUGCCCACAGAUGGAAUCAAAACUGGAGCUCAGGAGCCAAAUAUAAUAAAAUGUGGUAUGCAGCACUGGCUUUUGUCACACUGGCACUGUUCUCCGUGGCAGUGGGAGCCAUGGUGUUUAUGAUCAAGUUCUACACGCACCCAGAGGCCUGCUUCCUCAACAAGCUCUUCCUGGGAGUCAACUGUGGCCUGUGCUUCAUCGUGUCCCUGCUGGCCAUCUCGCCCUGCAUUCAGACCUUCCAGCCCACCUCAGGUCUGCUGCAGCCCGCGAUCAUCACCGUCUAUGUCAUGUACCUCACCUUCUCAGCGCUCGCCAGCAAACCCAUUGAAACGGUGGAGGAAAACGGAUACAAUGUCACUGUCUGCGUUCUUCCCUUUAAAUCAGGACUGAAGAGCGACACUAACAUAGUGACGGGCAUCGGAACGGUCAUACUGUUCGGCUGUAUACUGUACUCUUGUUUGAUCUCCACCACCAAGAGGAGUUCAGCAGCCUUGCAAGUGUACAGGAACGACAUGCCUGAAAAUGAGAGAGCCCGCUGCUGCUUCUGCUGUGUUGAUGAUACAGAUUAUGAUGAUGAGAAGACCGCAGGAGGGCAGAGUGUGAAGUAUGAUGAGAAAGAUGGCACAAUCUACAGCUACUGGUACUUCCAUUUUGUUUUCUUCCUCGGCUCCCUCUACGUCAUGAUGACUGUAACCAACUGGUUUCA